AUGAGAUCAAAUCGUAGUGAUCAUCACUUGUACACAACAUAUUCACUCAAUUCGAAAGUUGAAAAUGAUCCGAAUGAUCGAGACACGCUCUCUUGUGAUAACUUCAACAUUCAACAAAGUUCUGGUCUACACUAUCUAUCACCACAAACAAGUCAACGGCGAACAUCAACUAAACGACGACAGAAUUCUGUUACUAUCGAUUCGAAUGGAUUGAUUAUCAAUGGUGCCUUGUUCGAUAAAAAUUUAUUUCAACCAGCGAGCUCAUCGUAUAUACUUGAUUUUGGUAAAACACCCAAAGAAGCCAAUCGAUUCCUUGAUACACAUCGAACCCCAACGAAAACGGCACAUGUCGAGUCUCGCUUAUUUAAACUUUCAUUUGUACUCACAGUAGCAGAAUGGAAUGUGGAUAAGGAGCUUUUGAUAGAUUUCUGUCCGCGUGAAAACAAUAAGAAUCACGUUAUUGACGAAAUCAAUCAUUACAAAAAAUUCUGUUUUCCAGAAUUAAAUUCCAAACAAGCAGAUAGAGGAAAAUUAGUUGAAGAAUCAACUACUUAUGUUUUUACACGAACGAGUUCCAAAGGACAAGUUGAAUAUGGGUACUGUCGACGCAUCAACUAUAAUGAUAAACAAAUCACAUAUUUUCCUGUGGUGAUUUGUAUCGUUGCCAUUUAUCCAUAUUUCAAACUAUAUGAUGCCAUUCUUACGGAACUUAGUCGAGUUUAUACUGACAACGAACAUGAAUGCAGUGCACUAAUGCAAAAACUCUAUGCUACACCUUUGCCACUUCCUUCUCUCAAUGCUUCAUCAAGUAUUAUCUGUAAAUUGGAUGAUCAUCGUAUAUUUUAUUACGUUUGUCCAUAUGAUACUCGUCUAAAUCAUGAUUAUUUUUACACAUUACUUUCAUCUCUUGCACCAAAUCAUAUUGUUUAUCUUUUCGAAUCGAUGCUACGCUCAAAGAAGAUCCUCUGCUAUUCACAUUCCUUGACCAAAUUGACUAAAUGUUGCCUCGCUCUCUCCUUUCUAAUCUAUCCUUUCAUGUGGCCGUAUCCGUUCGUUUCUGUGAUGCCGUCGCCUUGGCUACAAGAUCUAGUCGGCUCUCCUUGUCCAUAUAUCUAUGGUUGUUUACACCAAUCCAUAGAGCUUUUACCAUCAUCGAUCGAAGGAGACUUUUUGCGCGUUGAUAUAGAUGCAAAUACAAUUGACAUCGAUGUUGAGGAUGGUACCGUUCUACCACUUGAUCUUCGCCAGACGUUACAAGCAUCAUUAGAGUAUGCCAGUCGAUUUCGUAUCGGUAAACCAAACACUACACUGAUUAAUGUUGCUGCGAGUGAAGCAUGUUUACAUGUCUUCACAGAAUUGCUAUAUCGCUUACCUGAAUUCUUUAAACGCGAUCGUAGUUCGUCCGGCUCGUCGAAUGAUACACAGCAUUUUUCGAUCUGCUCGAAUUACUUUCAAAAUGAAGCUAGUGGAGUUGAUCUGCAAUUGAACGACAACGAACAUCAGCUUGUAAAGAAUGAAUGUGACAAGAAAGAAGAAAAUCGACUUGGGUAUGAUUUUCGAUCGGAUGAAUUCCUUAUUCUACAACCGACAUCGUCGUACGUCACAUUUCUCAACGAUUUUAUUCACGGAAUGAUCUUUUUGAAAUUUCUCGAUGAUUAUGAACGUAUUGAUGAUAGUCCAAAGCAAUCGUUCUCAUUGUUCACUCAACGUCUGAAGGAGCGUCGUGCUAUGACGAUGGAUACCUUAUCAAUCAAUCCUGUGGCACGAUAUAGACAAACAUUUGAUCUACUAGAGAAACAAAUUAAUCAAGCCGCAAAAUCAGCCAAUCCGUUCCUUUCUAAACUUGUGAAAAAGUUCUUCGAAUAG